UGUUUAUUUACGAACAUGUUAUAUGAACGGACUUUCCGAUUCGCUGUUUGGAUACCAUUCAUCUUGUUGGCGAGCCAGUUUUUACUGACGCAUACCCAAGAUGAUUGCCCUGGUUGUCAACUUCCUGGAUCUGAUAAUAAAUGUGACAGUGAAACUCAUCUUUGUAUCUGCCUCCCUGGUUACCAGGGCGACAACUGCACCAUAUGCAAAGAGGACUACUUUCGGUAUAAUGAGUCUUUACCGUGUGAGCCAUGUCAAUGUAACAGCACUGGUGUGGUAAACAAUACAUGCGACAGAUAUGGAAGAUGCAACUGUGCUGAUGGUGUCACUGGUGAUAAAUGUACGUCAUGUGAGGAUGGUUAUUAUAACUUAACAACAGACGGUUGUUCACUUUGCCAAUGUAAUGGACAUGCUACAUUGUGUGAUAAACUCACGGGGAUAUGUCAUGACUGUGCAAAUAACACUUCUAGUGACGACUGCAGUCAAUGUCAACCCUUUUACUACAGAGAUUAUAACAAGACAUCAGAAGAUAGUUGCGAAAAGUGUCCAUGUUCGGAGCAUUCAUCUACACAGACUUGUCACUAUGAUGAACAUUUCAACAAUAACACCGGUGAUGUGGUAUGUGACUCGUGUAAACUAAACUACACUGGACAAUUUUGUAAUGAGUGUGAUGACAAUUUCUAUAUGUCAAACACAACGCUAAAAGUCUGUACCGCUUGUGACUGCAAUGACAAUGUGAUUCUGAACCAAACUGGUAAUUGUGAUUCCCUGACUGGUGAAUGCCUGAAAUGUGUUUUCAACACUACUGGUGAUCAUUGUGAGGAGUGUCUACCAGGUUACCAUGGUGAUCCAAUUUAUCAUAAAAACUGCACAGGUCCAGAUUAUAAACCAGAUAAACCGACGACCGCCAACAGUACUAUAAACGUCAUCACCAUAAUUGUCGUGAUUGCCCUUGUCGUAAUAUGUAUGAUUGCUGGAAGUGUUUUCUACAUGUAUCGUCGUAAACAUUAUCGUAAAACGCCUCUGCCCUUCUGGACGAUAGAGCUUCGUAAAGAUGAUAGCAUGUCGUUUAACGAUUACCACAACUUGGAUUCAUCAUUGAUUGACGAUGUUAUGGUAGCUCCUAGGGGACAACUUCGAAUGGGUGACACAAUUUAUAUACUAAUAUAUCGUCACUCUUCUCAGUCUGGGGCUACACCUUUACACGUUGCCGCCAUGUUUGGUAGUAACUCGGCGAUAUGCAAACUCACUAAAGCAGGUGCCGAUAUACAUGCAAAGACAACCCAGCAUGGAGCCACACCAUUGCACAUCGCAUGUGCUUACGGACAAUACGAAGCAGCAAGAACCUUACUUCAGCAUGGAGCACGUGUUGGUGCAAAAAACAAUUACUGUGAGACAGCGCUUCAUUUGUCUGCAUGGUACGGCCACAGUGAUGUCACAAGGUUAUUGAUUGUAUAUGCAGCAGACGUUACAGUGCGGGACGAGGUACGUAUUUAA